AUUGGAGAUUCCAUCGUGAAGCCAUUGCUCAUGAAAAGUGUGCUAAGCCAAGUACAGCAUACACUCGAUAACCUGUCUCGGUCCGUAAUAUUAAAGUUAUUAAACAGUGAUAUUGGCUACCGAAUUAGAGAUUUAAGUCUUGACCAGAUCUCUUCCUUUCUAUAGCUGGUGCAACAUUACUGAACUAUCAGGCGAUUUCAGAGAAACUGCGCCGACAGAACUGAGAAGAUUGAGAUGUCAACGACUUAUCUCUAAACAAUAUACAGCAACUACUUCAAACCAGACAUCUGCUUAUAAUUAUCCUCUAAUAACUAAACUACCUAAACAAGUCCUUUUCAGUUCUGUAAACACUGAAUCAUCCAAGUCAAUGCAACUCUAGAUCACUUAUAAGCCCCGCCACCUCCUAAACCCAACCUGGAACGGAACAUCGAAAGAAAGACUUCCUAUUUAGGCAAAUUCAACACUGGCUAAUAAGCUCCAAGCAAUGUAUCGCUCGGCGCUGAGUUCACAUGGUAAACUGUUAUCGUCCCUGUUCUCAUUUCAUGAACUCAUACUUUGAGAACGUUUGGAACUAAGUUCUAACUAAUCGUUACCUUGCCCGCGUCGCGAAUUGUCACGGCGCUUGCACCAUGGCUACCACCAAGGAAAACGAUAACGAGGAAGAGCAGGCGUUUCUUACACCGGGCGCUCCACAGGAGGAUACUGUUUGGUCCCGGGGAGCACGAGGCUCUCGUAGGGAAACGCGGUACUGGCGGCUUGCGAUGGAGGUUAUAAUGGGAGCCCUCAUAAUACUGUUGUUAGGCAAUCUGGUUUACCAACGGAUUGACGGCAAACAAACCCCCGUGCCAAAUUUUCCCCGAAAGAUAUACACGUUCCUCCCGGAUCCCAAGUACGUACGCGACGACAUGCUCUUCGACGAACACGACACCCUCCACACUCUUCAUAACUGGAUUCCUCUCAGCGCAGAUGCUAGAGGCUACGUCCAGAUCCCCGACUACGAGGCCUACGACAUCCUCGGAAAGCCGCACACGGUAGCCAUCAACCGAACGUCCGACGGGCCCGCGUACAUGAUGUCCGUCUUCCACCAGCUUCACUGCCUGUCGUAUAUCGUCGAGCAUUACCAGCAGGGAUACGCCGGCGUCGAAUUAACGGAGGAGGUGGCCCACCACUCGGCGCAUUGCUUCGACUACCUGCGCCAGUCUAUCAUGUGUUCCGCGGAUACUAAUUUGGAGGGGGAAUCGGAGUAUGGGCCGGGCUGGGGCUCGAAGCAUGAAUGCGUUGACUACGAUGCCGUGUUGGCCUGGGCCAAUAAGCGCUCGGCGAUGAGAUGGAGGAAUGGCCUUUUGCCGGAAGAUUCUGUACUUUAAUUCGUAUGAGUUCUCUGGAUGUUUAAAUGAUUCCUUGAGUAGUCGAAUCAGUGAUCUAAAGCGAGUAUAUAUGUUGCAUAUACUAACUCAGCUCUCACCCAUCAUUGAGAUUAUAAGAGGUCUGGCUUCGCUACCAUAACAAGUAAAACGCAUGAUUCGGUAUUUUAGUUAUAUGUCAUAUAUCAAUUCAGGAUGGAUAGCAGUAUAUAGCAUCGGAAAUAUAUUCUAUUAAGCA